GUUCGGAUCAACGGCCCGGCCUUUUUGUGCGUUGACGUAGGUUGUUGUACAUGAAUCUUUAGUAUAUCAUAAAAAGUUUUCUUCAUACAUCAUCCAAAAUGAAAAUCUAUAAAGAUAUUAUUACUGGCGAUGAAAUGUUUUCUGAUACUUACAAGGUAAAAUUAAUUGACGAUGUUUUGUAUGAAGUUUAUGGUAAACAUAUUCAACGUAAACAAGGUGAUAUUAAUAUAGACGGCUUCAAUCCAUCUGCAGAAGAAGAAUUAGAAGGUUGUGAGGAGGGUUUGGAGUCAGGAGUUGACAUAGUUUUAAAUCAUAGGUUAGCUGAAAGCUAUGCUUUUGGUGAUAAAAAAAGUUAUACGGCUUAUCUGAAAGACUACAUGAAAAAAUUAGUAGCUAAAUUGGAAGAAAAGGCACCAGAUCAAGUAGAUGUUUUUAAAACAAACAUGAAUAAAGUAAUGAAAGAUAUUUUGGGAAGGUUUAAGGAUUUGCAGUUCUUUACAGGAGAAUCUAUGGAUGUUGAUGGGAUGGUAGCUCUUUUAGAAUAUCGUGAAAUUGAUGGUGAAUCUGUCCCUGUAUUGAUGUUUUUUAAACAUGGAUUAGAAGAAGAAAAAUUCUAGAACAUUUUUAAAAUUUAAUCAACUCCAUUUAUAUCUUUUAAUAUAAU